AUGACCCGCAGUGAACCAACCAUAUACCCAGGCAACUGCCACUGCGGUACCGUGCGCUUCGAGAUCCAUCUCUCCGGUCCAUUUCAGACGACUUUCGCAUGUCCGUGUAGACUCUGCGCGAAAACAGGCUGUCCAUGGAUCUUCGCCCAAGACGAUGAGCUGAAGUUCACCAGGGGGCGCGAUACCCUAGCCAGAUACAAGACGCAGAAGGGGGAGCAUGAGUUCUGUGCUACAUGCGGCACCCAAAUCACAGUCCGCAACCACCUAAUCGUCUCAGGCCAGGCUGGUCUAGGUGUCAGCGUGAGGCUUCCGACCCUUUCCCCUGCAAAAUGUCAGUAUGGCACGGGCAUUGCUAGACGUGAAUCCGUUCCAUCUCUCCGUGACCACCUCGAGCGCAGAUUACCACCCGCUCGCGAAGAACCGCGACCAUCGUCCGUCACCGAAUCUCAACCGACCACCGACCAAGAUCUAAAGACAUACAGGGGAGGCUGUCAUUGCGGAGCGACCCAGAUCACCGUGACGAGCCCGCCACUCCGCCACGUCCAAGUCAAGGAGGAUAAUUGCAGUAUCUGCCAACGGGCCGCGGUGACGAUUGAGGAUCCCCGCCACCAGCUUCGGGAGUAUCGCUUUGGCCGGCAAUUUACUGGCCAUCGCUUCUGCGGCGUCUGCGGCGUGCAGCUCUACAUGCAUCUGCAUGGACCCCCCGCGGCAGUGGUGGCGAGGCUGUCGCGCGAGAAGCAGGAGCUGGUCAGACGGAAUUUGGAUGUCGUGCCGGUUCGGGUCGCCGUGCUGGAGGGAGUGGAGUGGGAGGAGAUUCGGGUGGAGAGGGAGGAUGAGGGGACGGAGGGGCCAAUUGCUGCGGUCCGUUGCGCUCGUGACCACCUCAUCAUCGCCUCCCUAUCGGUCCGUUCGGUCGAACAUGCCUGA